ACUCCCACUCACCACCAAAGUAUAUAUAGAUAUACAAUGAGCCAGCCAAAGCAGCUUCUGUGGCUGUAUUCCUUUCUUAGGGAUCGUCACUAGGUUGGAAGAAAAAAUGUCCAGGUAUAACUUGUCUCCAGGUAGCACAAAGGAAAUCAUGGUCAAAGCUUCUCUUGGCAAGAAUUCCUGGUAUAUGGGAACCAAAAAGGGCUCAUCCAAGUUAAACAAGACUGUCUCUAGUAUGAUACUUGAUGAUGCAAAACAGAUCGUGGCUGAACUUAGUUCCAAAUCUGCAAAUGAGCCUAUCAAUCAAGAGAAAAUGAGCACAUCACAGGUGCCAAAGGAGACACCACAUUCAUCUAUAAUUAUUGUAGUUGACCAAACUCUACCAUCAAAAGAAACUGAGUUAGUAAUGAAUACCACUAGUAAUGACUUGGACAAAGAAGAUGCCAACACAGAAACUGCUGAUACCAGAACAGAAGUUGAUGAUGCCACCCCAAAACCUGUGUCUGAGGAAGAGAAAACUAUGUCUGAGGAAGAGAAAACUAUGUCUGAGGAAGAGAAACCCAUGUCUGAGGAAGAAAGAAUUUUGUCUGAAAUCCAAGAGGAGAAAAAAAUACUAGAAGAACUAAAAGUAUCCUUGGACAAAUGUCUUCCAAUAUCACAAAAUUUAGUUGGUGUCCAAGAGUCUUCAGAGGAAGAUGAAUGUUUUGGAGAAGACUAUUCAAGAGAUGACAGCUUUUUCACAACACUAGGUUGUCUGCCAGUCCACCUCCAGCCUCAAGCAUAUAAGAAUGCUUUGGAAAUUAUCAGAGGUGCCAAGUAUGACAUCAGAGAACUCUUGUACCAGCUCUAUGAAACAAUUGAAUUGACUUAUCAAAGCAAGCAAGGGUCUGAGAAUCGCCAGAUCAGCCAAAAGGCACUAUUUGAACUAUGGAUCAAGUGGAGUAGGAACCAGUCAGAAAAUGCGGAUGAUUCACAGCUCCUUGAAUCCCGAACUCUGGUCAUGUCCCGUAACAUUACCAUGAAAUUACAGUCAGCCUUCAUGGACCUCAUGCCUAAAAUCCAGGGUCUCCCAAGCAGCUUACAAGACAGGCUCCAACAGGCCUAUUGUGACAUGCGGGAGCUUCAUACAACCUUUUCCAUGAGUAACAGAUUUGAAGAUCUAGAGAGGUAUCAACUGGCCCAAAGCCAGUUUAAGCUGACCCAAGCCCAGGGAAGUAUAGAACAGCUGCUAUGUUUCUUAGAAAGUAAUGUUCCUUCUGGAUGGGUUGUAGGACCACUUUGCCCUUCUGACUUACCAAAGAAAGAUGUGGUAACCCCUAAGAACUCUUGAAUUGUGAUACGGAGUCAGACUGUCACUUCCCAGACUUCUGGCAAGUAGUCUUGCCUAGUAUAUAGUUAAUAAGUGUACUCUGUAAUUUUUGGAUUGUGAAAAUAAAGUUGCAUUGAAAAUCA